AAAAAAGGGAAGAACCAAAAGAUAAAUAAUGGUCCAGAUCAAGGCUCACGAAUUGCGCUCGAAGACCAAGGCCGAGCUCCUCACGGAACUCGAUGACUUCCAGCAGGAACUCGCCCAGCUCCGUGUCGCCAAGGUCACGGGCGGCGCCGCCUCGAAGCUUGCCAAGAUCAAGACGGUCCGCAAGUCGAUCGCCCGCGUCUUGACGGUGUACAACCAGACGCAGAAGGAGCGCCUUCGCGAGAAGCUCGGCAACGGCAAGCACGUGCCGGUCGACCUCCGCGAGAAGAAGACGCGCGCCAUCCGCCGUGCCCUCACCAAGUCGGAGAAGGCCAUCAAGACCCUCAAGCAGCAGAAGAAGGAGGCGUACUUCCCCAAGCGCCGCUACGCCCUCAAGGCGUAAAUGGAUGGACUCCUCUAUGCUACCUCGAUCGACUCGCUUCUAGGACGUGAUCAAGCCAAAUAUAGUGUCUUUUUCCCUUCUUGGCCCAUGCCAACGACGA